GCUGACAACUCGCUUAUGGACUUGGAUUUAUUGAAUCUUGAGAUGCUUGAGAAGAAGGAAAAAGUACUUCAAAAGAAGGCUUCUGCUGAGGUUGAGAAGGCCAAGGACUUCACAAAAGCGAAAAACAAAAGAGCGGCUAUACAAUGUUUGAAGAGGAAGAGGUUAUACGAACAACAAAUUGAGCAGCUUGGAAAUUUUCAACUACGCAUCCACGAUCAGAUGAUACUAUUAGAAGGUGCAAAAGCCACAACUGAAACUGUUGAUGCUCUAAGAUCUGGGGCAGCGGCAAUGAAAGCAAUGCAGAAAGCAACGAAUAUUGAUGACGUGGACAAGACAAUGGAUGAGAUAAACGAACAGACAGAGAACAUGAAGAUGAUUCAGGAAGCUUUGGCUACCCCCAUUGGUGCAGCAGCGGACUUUGAUGAGGAUGAAUUGGAGGCCGAGCUUGAAGAGUUGGAAGGUGCAGAAUUGGAGGAACAACUUCUUCAGCCUGCAACCACCGCCCCAGUUGCUCCAGUACAUGUUCCAACAGGCAGAGUGCCAGCUCGCCCUGCUUCUCAUAAGCCUACAGCUGAGGAAGAUGAACUCGCUGCUCUGCAAGCAGAAAUGGCUCUUUAAGCAACGUUUUUCUUUUCUAUUUCACUGGUAAAUUCAAUGUUAUCCGUCAGUGUGGAGUUGAAGAUAUUCAAGUAGAUGUGUUAGUGUAACAGUUGAUCUACCAGAACUGAUUGGGAAAUUUAUGAACCAGCAUUUUCAACUUCGUGGUACACUUAAAAUUUCCAACUAUAUUCUGUGUAUAUUAUGUGAGGCAAAUGCUAAAAAUACCAGAUCAACAGUUCAUUUUGUCAUGGAUCGUUGCUUA